UACAAAACAUUGCUACCUGCUUUGCUAGGUAACAGUAAACAAGCAGCCUGUGAAGUUUGUGUGCAACUUUUACUGCUGAUGGCAAUGAACACCAGUAUUUCUCAUUCAUCCCUGCAUACAUCUCAGCCUUCCCAUUUAAAUGAGGGAUUCAGCAGUGUUCCCAUGGAUGUCACUACAGGGUCAGACCUAAGCAAUCUCAAAGACAGGAUUAUAUCACUGGCCCCAAAGCAAAUGGUGCUAAACCCUCAAGCAUUAGGUUUUACACAUGAUACAAAGGCUCGAGCCAAAACAAGAAAACGUCAACAGGCUAUUAAGCUGGAUCCUUUGCCUGUAUUAAAGGUCUACCAGGACCACCAUCAGCCUGAAUAUAUAUUUCAGAAGAACCGAGAGGAACUGAUAAGUAGAGGUGUGCUUCAUCGUUCCACUUCAGCAGAAAAGGGUCAAAGGGCUUCAUCUGUUGAACCAAUUUCAUCCCCUGUAAGAUUGCCUGAUCUUCCAGAUGACUUAAAAGAAAAACAGCUACAGCUGGACUUCUGCAGGAUAAUAUCUCCUACACCUCCUAAGCAGCCUCGGACUGCACUGUCAAGUGCAAACUCAUACAAACGGCUUUCUUCUCCACCAUCAUCUACUUUUGAAACAGCAGAAGAUGUUAUAAAAGCAAAAAUAAGCGAUCCUCUGCAGAUGAUCAAAAUAGUUCAGGAAAAUAAGCACCUAGGAUUCCUUUAUUUGACUCCUGCUGUUCCUAAGUCGUCCAUUGACUAUGAUACCUAUAACCUAAGAAUUGCAACCCACCAAAAUAUAAACAAAAAUGAAUAUUACACAAUGAGUGAAAAUGGAGUCACCCACAUUUCUGAUGGAGAGGUUUUAUACCUAGAAAUUGAGCGAUGGAAACAAGAAUACUUGUAUCACAAGGCAUUAAAACAAAUUCCAACUUUUGCACUGUUCCGUAAGUGGAAAGCAUUUACAGUAUGGAGGAAAAAUGUACGUGCUAAAAGAAUUAAUGAGUGUCGCAAGGCAUUACAAGAGAAUUUGUUCAUUGUCAAUGAGUAUUUGCGUCCCGCUAUCCUUAAUAUUCAAGAAAUGUGUUAUCGAAUCAGUGACAUGGGCCUUUGCCGCAUUGAGAAAGAAUAUACGUACAGUUUGCAUGAAUUCACAGGCAAUCAGUUAAAGCAACUGGAAGAGGUGGCAAAUCGUUUAUCUGAAUUUCGGGAUCUGGCUAAGGAGGUUGUUAGAAGUGCUUGUCGAACAGCUUUACUAGAAGCUGGAUUUACACCCGAUGAAUACAUGCAUGAUCAAAUUACUACAGGGUUUCUAAGUAUGACAGCAGGGCCAGCUGUUUCUGAUAUGCUACUACCUCACUUGGAUGGAGAACUUUUUGGAGAAUCAUCUGAUAAAAUGACUUACACUGAACAGGCUAACAAAAGGGCACACUGCCGAAGACUGACAUGCUUUAUUCGUUUAGCCGACUAUCUUAUAGUGAACACAAUGCACAUCCUAGCAGUUAAUUCUGUUAAUACUUUAUUGAUGUAUCUGGUGGAGAAACUGAAGUGCACUCCUUCUGAUACCAUCAUAAAGACCUGGAACUCUCAGAAACAAGAAGCAAGUACAGAGAAAAAGACAACAGCGACUCAGCAGCUGCCUAUUGGGCCAGGAGGACAAAUAGAAGAGGAAGUGGUGCCAAUGUUUCUCACAGAGAUAGUACUUGACACCCAGGCACUUUGGUUUGAACCAUCUCUGGAUGAUUUUCAGGAAAAUAUUGCAGAAGUGGUUAAUCAGUUUCAAGAAACUGUUCUGUCACUGCCAAAUCUUGUGCCAGACUCCUACUUUGAUGCAUUCACAAAACCUACAAUAAACAACAAACUUGAAGAAAAGACCUGUGGAGAUGGUCCAACUUUAAGUACAAUGUUUGACGAUGAUAAACAUUUGCAAACCAUUAUUUCUCAAAUAAAGGAAACAAUACAGUAUGCAUUUGAUGCAGCCCAAGUAUAUGCAGGCACAUUUGAAAGAUUUCUUAUCUUUUUUAAAGAAAAUGAAAAUUUGGAUUUGGAAGCUAUGAAGAAAGAGGAGCCUGGAGUGGAUUUCUUUGCUGAAAAGUUGGAAAAAUACAAUAAAGAACAUAAUGAUGCUCUUGCGAUAACGCAGAAUAGAAACAUAGGAUUAUUGCUUAUAGAUGCUAAAAAACUAAAGGAAAAAUUAAUUCCAUCACCAAAGAGGUGCUUAGAGGCAAUAAACGACAUGCUUCCUAUUCUUGCUAAGAAAAAAACAGAUGCUGUUAUCGCCGAGGCUCUUGAUGCCCAGUUCAAACUACAGUCUUUGCCUACUACUACUAUAGAUUAUGUAAACUCUUUAAUAUUCUUGGAUGAGAUUCAAGAAAGGAUUGAAGUCCUGGAAGAAGAAUGCAAUAUUGUAUCACAUAUGUACCAGUUGAUUGACAAUUAUAAAGUGCCAACACCACCAGAAGAUUUUGCAGUUUAUGCUACUCUGCAGCCAUCAAUUACUGCUGUUCGAAAUGCAAUUGACAAGUCUGUAGGCGAGAGAGAUGGAAGCAUAGAAAAGUUUUGCCAUUCUUUAGACAAGGACAUUGCAGAAUUAAAUAAAGAAGUAAAGGAAGUGAGACAAAAAGCACAGGACCCACAAAUACUGGAUCUUGCCGCAGAUCAAGUUAAAGUCAAACAAAUAUUAGCAGACCUUCAUACAGUUCUAAAUGAGUUACAGACAUGUGCAUUUCAGUACAAAACUUACCAGAAGAACUUCAAGGUGGAAGUAACAAAGUAUGAGGCUCUGGAAGAGGUGUGUGCCGAGGUCAAACUCAAGCAACUUCUAUGGGACUCAUUAGCUGAGUGGGAUGUUCUUCAAGAUGAGUGGAUGCAGUCCAAUUUUGAAGCUCUGGACCCAGAGCAGGUGAAUUCUUUAGUCCUAAAGUAUGCCAAAUUUGCAACUCAACUAGAAAAAGGACUACCUCCUAAUAAUGUAGUGCCACUACUGAAGGAGAAAGUGGAAAACAUGAAAGAAAAGGUACCCGUUAUUACAGAUUUGAGAAAUCCAUUUCUGAAACCAAGGCAUUGGGCUGCUUUAGAACAGACAAUAAAUGCAGCUUUGAUAGACACAGAGCAUCCACUCUCUUUGCAAAAGUUAAUAGAGAUCCAUGCGUUUGAUUAUGCCCAAGCUAUUCAAGAUAUAUCUGGGCAAGCUUCUGGAGAGGCAUCCCUAGAGACAAUAAUUAAAAAGGUUGAGGAUUCAUGGAAAGCCACUGAGUUCACUGCUAUACCUCACAGGGAUUCUAAAGAUGUGUUCAUACUUGGUGGAACAGAUGAUAUUCAGGUUCUUCUAGAUGACAGCAUAAUCAAUAUAUCGACAAUUGCAUCAUCUCGCUAUGUUGGACCAAUCAAAUCUCGUGUUGAUGAGUGGCAGAGACAAUUGUCCUUGUUUAAUGAAACUUUAGAUGAGUGGCUGACUUGCCAAAGAAACUGGCUGUAUUUAGAAAGCAUCUUCAGUGCUCCAGAUAUUCAAAGGCAGCUGCCAGCAGAAGCCAAGAUGUUUUUACAAGUUGACAAAUCCUGGAAGGAGAUUAUGAGGAAAGUAAACCGUUUACCCAAUGCACUUCGAGCAGCUACUCAGCCUGGUCUUUUGGAAUCCUUUCAGAAUAACAAUGCACUGCUUGAUCAGAUUCAGAAAUGUCUUGAAGCUUAUUUGGAAUCCAAGAGAGCUGUCUUUCCAAGAUUUUACUUUCUAUCAAAUGAUGAGCUUCUAGAAAUUUUGGCUCAGACACGAAAUCCACAGGCUGUUCAGCCUCAUCUAAGAAAAUGCUUUGACUCAAUUGCAAAACUGGAGUUUGCAGUUUCACCAGGGGAAGGAGAACAGGAAGUAGUCUUUACAAAUGACAUCCUUGCGAUGCUGUCUCCUGAAGGUGAAAAGGUGAAUCUGGGCAAAGGGCUUAAAGCAAGAGGUAAUGUAGAAGACUGGCUUGGCAAAGUAGAAGAAGCAAUGUUCGCGUCACUAAGAAGGCUAAGCAAGGCUGCUAUUGCUGAUUACCAGAAUAAAACCAGAGUAGAAUGGGUAGUUGCUGGGCAUCCAUCUCAGGUUGUACUGACAAUAUCCCAGCUUAUGUGGUGCAGAGAUCUCAGUCAUUGCCUUGAGGGGGAGUGUGAAGACAACUUGCAUUCUUUGGCAGAAUUUGAAAAAGUGAAUUUUGAGAGACUAAAUGCUUUAGCUGGACUGGUCCGAGGCCAUCUUCCAACACUACACAGAAAUAUCAUCACGGCUCUCAUUACAAUUGAUGUACAUGCAAGAGAUAUUGUUAGUGAUCUUGUAAAAGACAAGGUUGACAGCAUUGAGAGUUUUGAAUGGCAACGGCAACUACGAUAUUAUUGGGAUCUUGAUCUUGACAACUGUGUGGCUCGUAUGGCAUUAUCUCAGUACACUUAUGCUUAUGAGUACCUUGGUGCAUGUCCUCGACUGGUUAUAACCCCACUGACUGAUCGAUGCUAUUUAUGCCUAAUGGGAGCUUUGCAGUUAGAUCUUGGUGGAGCCCCUGCAGGACCAGCAGGCACUGGGAAAACAGAGACUACUAAAGACCUUGCUAAAGCACUUGCAAUCCAGUGUGUGGUGUUCAACUGUUCUGAUGGGUUGGAUUACAAGAUGAUGGGUCGUUUCUUCAGUGGCUUGGCUCAGUCUGGAGCAUGGUGUUGCUUUGAUGAAUUUAACAGAAUUGACAUUGAAGUUCUAUCAGUAAUUGCCCAACAACUCAUUACCAUAAGAAAUGCCAAAGCUUCAAAGCUUUCCAGGUUUAUGUUUGAAGGGCGUGAAAUUAAGUUGGUUAUGACCUGUGCAGCGUUUAUCACAAUGAAUCCUGGCUAUGCUGGAAGAACAGAAUUACCAGACAAUCUUAAAGCACUCUUCAGGCCAUUUUCAAUGAUGGUGCCAAAUUAUGCUUUAAUUGCAGAAGUGAUCUUGUAUUCUGAAGGCUUUGAAUCUAGCAAAGUUCUUGCCAGGAAGAUGACACAAAUGUAUAAACUCUGCAGUGAGCAACUUUCACAACAGGAUCAUUAUGAUUUUGGCAUGAGAGCUGUAAAAUCAGUUUUAGUCAUGGCUGGAUCACUGAAACGAGAGAAUCCUAAUUUAAAUGAGGAUGUGGUUUUAAUUCGUGCCUUACGUGACUCAAAUUUGCCAAAGUUCUUAACAGAUGAUGCAGAGUUAUUCAGCGGUAUUAUAUCUGACCUCUUCCCUGGAGUACACAUUCCUGAACAUGACUAUGGAACUUUGCAGUCCACUAUCAUAAAUGCAAUGAUAAAUCGUGGUCUUCAGCCAGUGCCCAGCAUGGUAGAUAAAGUCAUACAGUUGUUUGAAACAAUGAUUGUGAGACAUGGUGUCAUGCUGGUUGGACCUACUGGUGGUGGAAAAACUACAGUUUACCAAAUCUUGGCAGAUGCCCUUGGAACUUUAUUUAAAGCGGGGGAAACUCACCCUUUCUACCAGCUCGUUAAAACAUAUAUACUAAACCCCAAGUCAAUAACAAUGGGGGAAUUAUAUGGAGAAGUAAACAACUUAACUUUGGAGUGGAAAGAUGGAUUAAUGGCAUUGAGUGUCCGAGCAGCUGUAAAUGAUACUUCAAAAGACCAUAAAUGGAUCAUAUGCGAUGGGCCGGUUGAUGCACUAUGGAUUGAAAAUAUGAACACUGUUUUGGAUGAUAACAAAAUGCUUUGUUUGGCUAACAGUGAGAGGAUAAAAUUUACACCCCAAAUACACAUGGUGUUUGAGGUCCAAGAUCUCAAAGUAGCAUCACCUGCUACAGUAAGCCGAUGUGGAAUGGUUUACAUUGAUUCUGAAGAACUAAAAUGGAUGCCAUAUGUUCAAACCUGGAUAUCUGGUCUGUCUGCAAAAGUUAAUGAUAUCCUCAAGGAAUAUGUACUGGCUUUGUUUGAUCGCUAUGUAGAAGAUGGGCUCAAAUUUGUAAAUAAAAAAUGUGUUCAAGCUAUUUCUCAAGUGGAUAUCAGUAAAGUAACUACUCUUUGCUGUUUAUUGGAAUCCUUGUUGCUUGGAAAAGGAGGGCCUGAUUUACAAAUGGAUCCCUCCAGACUGAAUUCGAUUGUCUGCCAAACUUUUGUUUUUUGUUAUCUUUGGUCUGUGGGUGGAAACCUAACAGAAAAUUAUUGGGAUGCAUUUGACACAUUUGUAAGACAGCAAUUUGAAGAUAACCCAGAAGCCAAGCUUCCGAACUCUGGUGACUUGUGGAGUGUUUACAUGGAUUACGACACCAAACGCUUGGAUCCCUGGGAGCGAAUAAUCCCUUCUUUUAAAUACAGCAACAAUGUUCCAUUUUUUAAAAUGCUGGUUCCCACCACUGAUACAGUACGUUAUGGGUACCUGAUGGAAAAGCUACUGGCUGUAAGGCACUCAGUGCUAUUUACUGGAACCACUGGAGUAGGAAAGUCUGUGGUAGCUCGAGGAUUGCUGAACAGAAUUCAAGAAGAAGCUGGCUAUGUUCCUGUCUACAUCAACUUUUCAGCUCAGACUUCUUCUUCUCGCACUCAAGAAAUAAUUGAGUCUAAACUGGAGAAGAAAAGGAAAACUAUUUUAGGUGCUCCAGGUAACAAACGAGUUAUCAUAUUUGUUGAUGAUUUAAACAUGCCAAAAUUAGACCGAUAUGGUUCGCAACCCCCCAUAGAGCUGCUUCGUCAGUACCAAGAUUUUGGAGGAUUUUAUGAUAGAGAAAAAAUGUUUUGGAAAGAAAUACAGGAUGUAACAAUUGCAGCUGCUUGUGCUCCUCCAGGCGGGGGUCGCAAUCCGGUAACUCCACGAUUUAUAAGGCACUUCAGCAUGCUAUGCCUGCCAACACCCUCAGAGCACAGCCUUAAACAGAUUUUUCAGUCAAUCCUUAAUGGGUUUCUGGCAGAUUUUCCUGAAGCUGUCAAGCAGGCUGCAACAAAUAUAGUAGAUGCAGCGGUGGAAAUUUACCACAGAAUGAGCAUUGAUCUUCUCCCGACUCCUGCCAAAUCCCACUAUGUAUUUAAUUUACGUGACUUGUCAAAAUGUGUUCAAGGUAUACUUCAAUGUGAUCCAGGAUCAGUGCGAGAUAAGACACAGAUUUUCAGAUUAUUUUGCCAUGAGUGCCAAAGAAUUUUUCAUGAUCGUCUAAUUAACAAUGAAGACAAGCAGUAUUUCCAUGAAAUGUUAUCAGAAAUGGCCAGUAAGCAUUUUGCUGUUCAGAUUGAUCCAGAAUACUUUGUUACCAAACCAAUCAUUUUCGGAGAUUUUACGAAGGUUGGAGUUGAUAAAGCUGAUAAAGUUUAUGAAGAUCUAACUGAUAUGGAGAAAAUUAAAUCAGUUUUACAGGAUUACCUAGAUGACUACAAUUUGACUAAUGCUAAAGAUGUAAAGCUGGUGUUUUUCCAGGAUGCAGUCGAGCAUGUUUCCAGGAUUGCACGGAUGAUCCGACAGGAAAGAGGAAAUGCCCUAUUAGUUGGUGUUGGUGGAACAGGCAAACAAUCUCUAACCCGACUAGCAGCUCAUAUAUGUGGAUAUAAAUGCUUCCAGAUAGAGCUUAGUCGUGGUUACAAUUAUGACAGCUUUCAUGAAGAUCUAAGGAAACUUUACAAAAUGGCUGGAGUUGAAGAUAAAAAUAUGGUUUUUCUCUUUACUGAUACACAGAUUGUUGUGGAAGAAUUCUUGGAAGACAUAAACAACAUGCUGAACUCAGGAGAGGUGCCUAACCUGUUUGAGAAAGAUGAACUGGAGUAUGUAUUGGCUGCAACAAGGCCCAAAGCAAAGGAAGCUGGUAUACCAGAAGGAAAUAGGGAUGAGGUAUUUCAGUAUUUUAUUAGUCGUGUACGUCAGAAGCUGCAUAUAGUUCUGUGCAUGAGUCCAGUUGGAGAGGCAUUUAGAGCAAGAUGUCGUAUGUUUCCAUCUCUUGUAAAUUGCUGCACCAUUGACUGGUUUGUGCAGUGGCCCAAAGAAGCACUACUGUCUGUUUCACAAAAAUUUUUCAUUAACAUCGACCUUGGCAGCGAGGGAAUGAAGGCAAAGUUUUCUGAAAUGUGUGUGGAGAUCCAUAUGAGUGUCAAUACUAUGGCAGAAAAAUAUUAUUCAGAGCUCAGAAGACGCUACUAUACUACACCUACCUCAUAUCUUGAGUUAAUUAAUCUCUAUCUGUCCAUGCUGGGGGAGAAACGUAACCAGCUUGUUUCGGCCCGAGAUCGUGUAAAGAAUGGACUAAGCAAACUUCUGGAGACAAAUGUACUUGUUGAUAAAAUGAAGGUUGAGCUGUCAGCUUUGGAACCAGUACUGAAGCAGAAAUCAGUUGAUGUUGAUGCCUUAAUGGAGAAAUUAUCAGUGGAUCAAGAAAAUGCAGAUCAGGUAAGACGUAUUGUAAAAGAAGAUGAAGCAGUUGCAAAAGUGAAGGCAGAAGAGACACAAGCAAUCGCAGAUGAUGCCCAAAGGGACCUAGAUGAAGCUAUGCCAGCUCUAGAAGCAGCAAAUAAAGCUUUGGACUCUUUAGAUAAGGCAGACAUAUCAGAAAUCAGAGUGUUCACUAAGCCACCAGACCUUGUCAUGACUGUGAUGGAAGCCAUAUGCAUUCUACUUAAUGCAAAGCCAGACUGGUCAGCAGCAAAGCAACUGCUCGGAGAUUCAAAUUUUCUUAAAAGGCUUUUAGAAUAUGACAAAGAAAAUAUAAAGCCUCAGAUUUUGCUAAAGCUGCAGAAGUACGUUAAUAACCCGGACUUUGUACCUGAAAAGGUUGAAAAAGUGUCCAAGGCAUGCCGCUCAAUGUGUAUGUGGGUAAGAGCCAUGGAUUUGUAUUCCCGAGUACUUAAAGAUGUGGAGCCAAAAAAACAGAAACUGGCAGCUGCACAGGCUGAGCUAGAUGCUACAAUGUCUACCCUUAGAGAUAAGCAACAAAAGCUCAAAUCAGUGGAAGAGCAAAUUAAAGCCCUGCAAGAUCAAUAUGACAAAAGCCUUAGUGAAAAAGAAAGCUUAGCAAAAACAAUGGCUCUUACACAGGCACGUCUUAACCGUGCUGGAAAACUAACCUCAGCCUUAGGGGAUGAGCAGGUCCGAUGGAAGGAGAGCAUUGCUAAUUUUGAAGAAGAAAUUUCCAAUGUAAUAGGAAACGUUUUCAUUGCCGCUGCUUGUGUUGCCUACUUUGGUGCUUUUACUGCAGUGUAUAGACAGUUGCUUGUAGAUUGUUGGAUAAACAAGUGUCAAGAAUUGGAGAUUCCGAUUAGCCCAAAUUUCAGCCUCAUAAAUAUUUUGGGCGAUGCCUAUGAAAUUCGACAGUGGAAUACAGAUGGUUUGCCUCGAGAUCACAUUUCAACAGAGAAUGGCAUUCUAGUUACACGAGGAAGACGCUGGCCCUUAAUGAUUGACCCACAAGAUCAGGCAAAUCGAUGGAUAAGAAAUAAAGAAAAUAAGAACGGGUUGAAAGUCAUCAAGCUUACUGAUGCUGGUUUUCUUAGAACUCUUGAAAAUGCAAUAAGGCUUGGUUUGCCUGUCUUGCUUGAAGAGCUGAAGGAGACAUUAGAUCCUGCUCUGGAGCCAAUCCUUUCGAAGCAGACUUUUACAUCAGGUGGGAGGACACUGAUUCGCCUUGGAGACUCUGACAUUGACUAUGAUAAGAAUUUUAGGUUCUACAUGACAACCAAAAUGCCAAAUCCACAUUAUCUUCCUGAGGUGUGCAUUAAAGUUACCAUCAUUAAUUUUACUGUGACCAGAUCAGGCCUGGAGGAUCAGCUACUCAGUGAUGUUGUAAGAAUUGAAAGACCAGAUUUAGAGGAGCAAAGAAACCAGCUUAUUAUAAGAAUAAACUCUGAUAAGAAUCAGCUGAAAGCUAUAGAGGACAGAAUUCUAAAGUUACUGUUUACAUCAGAAGGAAAUAUUCUGGACAAUGAAGACCUUAUCAACACAUUGCAGGAAUCAAAGAUUACAUCAGGUGCCAUCAAAACAAGAUUGCUAGAAGCUGAAGCUACAGAAGAAAAUAUCAAUACUGCCCGGGAAAAGUACAGACCAGUAGCUACCCAGGGAUCUGUAAUUUACUUUGUUAUUGCAAGUUUAUCUGAAAUAGAUCCAAUGUAUCAGUAUUCACUGAAAUAUUUUAAGCAAUUAUUUAAUAUGACAAUUGAGGCUGCGGAAAAGAGUAAUGAUCUUGAUAUACGCCUGGCAACGCUGCUUAGCCAGACUCUGUUUUCAGCUUAUACCAAUGUUUCACGGGGCCUUUUUGAACAACACAAGCUUAUUUACAGUUUUAUGCUCUGCGUGGAGAUCAUGCGACAUAAAGGCGAGAUCAGUGAGACAGAAUGGAAUUUUUUCCUCCGAGGUGCUGCUGGCUUAGAUAAGGAGCGUCCAACUAAACCAGAUGUGCCCGGCCUUUCAGACGUGCUUUGGUAUAGUUGUUGUGACUUAGAAGAAAUUCUGCCAUGCUUCAAGGGAAUAAAAAAUGAAAUAUUGUCGACUCCUGUUGUCAUCCAUUUAGGGAGUCUUGAAGUUCACAUUAAUACAGAUUUUGUUGAAGGUCCUGGCAGUCUAUGGAAUGAAAAACUCAACUUAUUUCAAAAGUUAAUUCUUAUUAAAACUACAGUGGAAGAGAAGGUUGUUUUUGCAGUUACAGAAUUUGUGAUUAAUACCCUAGGGAAGAAAUUUAUUGAAAACCCCCCUAUUGAUUUAGCAACCCUUUAUCAAGAUAUGUCACCAUCAACACCUUUAAUUUUCAUAUUAAGUACUGGCUCAGACCCUAUGGGAGCAUUCCAGAGAUUUGCAAAGGAGCGAGGAUAUUCUGAACGGGUGCAAUCCAUUUCUCUUGGACAAGGCCAGGGGCCUAUUGCAGAGAAAAUGAUAAAGGAUGCUAUGAAGACAGGACAUUGGAUAUUUCUACAGAAUUGUCAUUUAGCUGUAUCUUGGAUGCUGCCAAUGGAAGAACUGAUAAAGAGUUUUACAGAACCAAAUGUCUCCAUCAAUGAGAACUUCAGGCUGUUUUUAAGUUCUAUGCCAAGCAGGACCUUUCCUGUCACCGUUCUCCAGAACUCUGUGAAGGUUACUAAUGAACCACCAAAAGGUCUCCGUGCUAAUGUUAGGAGGGCAUUUACUGAAAUAACUACAACAUUUUUCGAGGAACAUCUUCUUGGAAGAAAAUGGAGAAAAGUAAUUUUUGGGAUUUGCUUUUUCCAUGCCAUAGUUCAGGAAAGAAAGAAAUUUGGACCAUUAGGAUGGAAUAUCUGCUAUGAGUUUAAUGAUAGUGACAGAGAAUGUGCACUGCUCAAUCUGAACUUGUACUGCCAAGAAGGAAAGAUACCUUGGGAUGCACUUCUUUAUAUUACAGGAGAAAUUACGUAUGGAGGUAGAGUAACGGACGCAUGGGAUCAGAGAUGCCUACGCACAAUCUUAAGAAGGUUCUUUUCUCCAGAAACACUUGAAGAUAACUAUUGCUAUUCCACUUCAGGGAUAUAUUUCAGUCCAGAUGCUGACAGUUUGCAAUCUUUCAAAGACUAUAUUGAAAAUCUACCCUUGACUGAUGACCCUGAAAUUUUUGGAAUGCAUGAGAAUGCCAAUUUAGCGUUCCAGCGUAAGGAAACAAAUACUUUGAUUAAUACCAUAUUAGAUGUCCAACCUAGAUCCACAACUCAAGGAGGGGGAAAGAGCAAUGAUGAAAUUGUGAGAGAGUUGGCAACGUCAAUCCUUUCAAAGCUACCAGAUAAACUGGAUAUGGAAGUUGCAUCAGAGAUGCUGUUUGUAAAAGAUGCAAAAGGACGAGUUAACUCACUCACCACUGUACUUGGGCAGGAAGUUGAUCGGUUUAAUAAACUUCUUAAAGUGCUUAAAAAUUCUUUAGAGACACUGAACAAAGCCAUUGCAGGUCUUGUGGUGAUGUCUGAGGAAAUGGAGAAAAUAUACAAAAGUUUCCUCAACAGUCAAGUUCCAACUUUGUGGUCUGAUGCUGCAUAUCCCUCUCUGAAGCCCUUGGGAUCCUGGGUAAAAGAUCUAGUAAUGAGAAUAUCUUUUAUUGAUGCCUGGAUUCGAAUUGGUCAGCCAAAAUCUUUUUGGAUAUCAGGUUUAUUUUUCCCCCAAGGAUUUUUAACAGGCACCCUUCAGAACCAUGCUCGAAAGUAUAACUUGGCAAUUGAUGAGCUUAACUUUCAUUACAACGUUCUCCCGCAAUACCGUGAUCAAGCAACAGUAAUAGAAGCCAUGAAAACCUUGAAGUUUGGGGAAGAAUUACCCAUGGAUGCAGUGUUACCAGCUCCUGAAGAUGGUGUUCUGGUGCAUGGGAUGUACAUGGAUGCUUGCCGCUGGGAUGAUGAAGCCAUGGUUAUAGAGGAUGCUUUGCCAAGGCAAAUGAAUCCUAUGUUACCAGUAAUCCACUUUGAGCCUCACCAAAACUACAACCCAAGUGGAGACUUAUACCAAGCUCCACUCUACAAAACCAGCGCUAGGGCAGGGACCCUGUCAACCACAGGUCAUUCAACUAACUUUGUUGUUACUGUGCUUUUACCAUCAAACCGACAAAAUGAUUACUGGAUAUCCAAAGGUUCAGCCUUGCUUUGCCAAUUAAAUGACUGAGUACAGUGAAGAACAGCUUGAAACAAUUUUUAGUUCUUUAAACCUUGCCAAAUUUAUAUUUUGAAAAUGUUGAAAGUGUUUUUCUGAUGUUUUAUGUAAUUUUAAAUUAUAUUAUAAACUUUA